AACUCUUUGCCAUUAUACCACCACCAUCACCCUCCUCUUCAUCGUUAUCAUCACCUACAUCAUCAUCAUCAUCAUCAUCAUUAUCAGCAGCAUUAUCUCCGGUACAGUGAUGACCCGGGAGGAUGGAGAAGUUGUCGGCGAGCCUGUCGGAGAUCACUUGGAGCCCGUUGGCGCUGCCGUUGGACGCGGUGGUCAGCAAGUUCCGUCUGCCCACGCUGGUCCGCCUGGCCCGCGGUGAAUGCGUGGAGGGUCUGUCAGAGGAGGAUGUGGUGCUGUUACACUCCUGUCGUCAGUGGACCACAGUGACGGCUCACAGCUUAGAGGAAGGACACUACGUCAUUGGACCCAAAAUAGACAUCCCUCUGCAGUACCAGGGAAAGUUCAAGCUGUUGGAUGAAGACCGCGACAUUAGGGAUCCCGUCCAGUAUUUCUCCAGCGUGGAGGAAGUUGCCGGAGUCUUCCCUGAUCGCGUCUUUGUCAUGGAAACGAUCACUUUCAGCGUCAAGGUGGUUUCAGGGGAGUUCAGUGAGGACAGUGAGCCCUACAGCUUCACUCUGCAGGCUGGAGAUGAGCUGUCACUCAUGGGGAAGGCGGAGCUUCUGUGCGCCACGCCCUCUAAGGAAAAGACGGGACUAAGCGCGCUGUUGAGACGCUUGGGGAAGACUCCCCGAAGUAAAACUCCCUGCCUGGUCUGUAUGAACCAUCGCACCAAUCAGAGCGUCAGCUUGCCCUUUGCCUGCCGUGGACGCUUUUGCACUCGCUCCCCUUUGGAGCAGGGCAUGCUGGGAGGAGAGCAUACGGUGCGUAGCAUCAUCGAGAGGGUCCGCCUCCCCGUCAACGUGUCUGUUCCGUCACGGCCGCCACGAAACCCCUACGACCGCCACGCAGUGCGAGAGGGCCACCGCUACAAGCUGCUCAACAUCGUAAGCAAGACGGUGGUGCUCUGCAUGGUGCUCCGCCGACAGGAAGUCUCCCCCUCCCACUUCCUCCUGCUGCGUUGCAUGCCCCGCUUCAACGUGGCCGAGGCCUCUGUCCACACGGCGGCGCUGGAGAGCCUGUUGCUACGGCACGCGUUCGACCCGGACGCCUACUCUCGUGCCGUUCGGGAAACCCGUCCCGAGCUGGAGUGUAUGACGGAGGAGUGCGUGAGCCCGCGGCGCUCUCGCAUGUGCGUGUCGGGUCAGGACUCUUUGGCGCCGGCGCUGCAGAGGCUGUCCAUGUGCGGGUAUGGAGGCGGCGUUUCAGACAACCUAUCACAGCGCUGCAGGGACUCUCUCGGAGACCGAAUGGGGGAGGGGCCAGGUGAGGAGCGGGAGUAUAUGACUCCUGAGUGGACUGAGGCUGAAUUGAGGACCAGUGAGGAGAUCCCAUAUGAGGAACUUUGGACCAAUCAGAACGCAGAGGGUUUAGGAAAGGAGCCAAACCUCAUCUCCUUUCAUUCGUCCUCCUCACUGGAUGGUUCUCUUGGUACCGUGGUGACAAGAGUGUCUACCCCGCCACCUGUACCUCCAAAAUCUGAUGCUGUGAGAGAGGAAUGUCGCUACUUGAUCGCCCCUCCGGUACCCCCUCGCUGCUCUAAAGGAGGCUCCAUCUCCAGUCCGGCCCCCAGCCCUCCUGUUCCGCCUCGCUUCCCCAAAACCUCCACCUCCCCCAGACCUAACCUCUCCUUCUACUCCUCCGGACUGCAGGACAGCUGUUCGCCCUCUCCAGAUGCUUCUCUCUACUGUUACCCAUGCUCCUGGGCUGACUGUCCCGCCCCAAACCCUGCCAGUCCCGAGCCGGUCUCCGCCCUCCCUGCAGAAAACGCAGCCAAUCCUCAGCCGGCACAGGCCACCUGGGCAGAGCCGUGGGUGGACUCCUUCACCUCCGGGCCUCGACUGAGGCCUCCGCCCCCGCAGAGUCGCUUCGCUCCUUUCGGGGCUUUGAACCCUUUCAACCGCCAGUCGCCUUGCCCCUCACCUGAGCCCGCUGCCAAUCCUGUAACAGAUUCCUCCAGAGGUGCGGAGGGGGGCGGGACAUCCACAGGGGUGACUGAAGGGUUGGCACCACCUACUGACCCCACCUGGCGGCCUCCUGCUGACCUGUCUGCGCUGUCAUUAGAGGAAGUGUCGGCCUGUCUGCGGUUCAUUGGCCUAUCAGAGGCGGCGGUGUCUGUGUUCCAGAGGGAGCGGAUCGACGGCAGCCUCCUGGUGCAGCUGACUGAGGACAUCCUGUCACAUGACUUCCACCUGAGCCGACUCCAUGUCACCAAGAUCACACAGUUCAUACAGGGAUGGAGGCCCAAGAUCUAACACACACACACACACACGCACACACACACAUAUAUAUACACACACACAUAUAUAUACACACACACACACAGUCCUGAUAAUGUGCCUGUUGGCUGCUGAGCCAUCCUGAAUGUGCCUUUCACUGUGACCAACCGGCUGCUGAGCCCCCAAUGACUGAAGUUGAGACUCUGCUGCGGGAAACCAUGCCUCCCUGUGGCCAAACUAUGGAACUGACACUUGACUGGUUCCCACGCCAGGAAUCUCUGACUGACUGACUGAAUAUUUCCUGUCUGAAUCACAGACUGGGACUAGUUUACUAACAAAUGGCUACAAGGUGACCUGUUUAAAUGUCAACCAGAACACAUCUCAUGCUAUAAGACAGCAGAAAGGUCCCGGCACAACUCAGAUUUACGCAGCGUCCGUGCUGUGGUGCUUUAAUUGCAAAAAAAGUCCAGUUUAAACUAUGAAAUUAGAGGGAAACUUGCCUUCAUGGAAUAAAAAAUAUUUUGACUACAUAAAAAAAUUCAGCUCAACAGCUUUAGACAGACAUGUAUCAACAUCUAUCACAUCUCGUAUUAUUUUCACCACAGUAAGGGUUUAAGGUGAGUUUUUGCAAUAUAAGGGACAUAAAGGAAUUCACAGCCUUCACAGUAGGAGACACUGAAUGUAUCACUGAGCCUGUCCUUGACCUGCUGAGCUUUUGAGGCCUGUAAUUGGCAUGAAUAACAAAGUCAGAAAUAUUAAAAAAUAAGAAAAGAACACUACAGAAAGUCAGAAAUCUCAGCAUACAAUGAAGUUAUUCCUGAGUUCAUGAUUCAUUGAACCAUCACUGCAUUUACAGCUUUUUGUAUCAAGGCCACUUUGUAUUUUUUGAGACAGUGACACUUUUUAUUUUAUUUUAUUAACAUCCCCUUAAUUGUAACACAAGAUGUCGUUCAGCCUGUAGUCAGAUCCACAGAUGUUGCUGCCUCAGAAAUAGGAGAUCUUAAAAAAAUGUACCUCAGACCACUUGUUUGAGAUGCUGAUUUUAGCCAUGCGUAAUAAUAAAUGAAAUCAUGCUUAA